UACGCUGUUGCUGAAUAAGGCUUAUCAAGUGUUGAUGUCAGAGGAUGAAAGAAGGAAGUAUGAUGAAUCGAUCGGUCAGAUGAGACUUAGAUUUGGGGAAAAGAACUCUGCAUCAGGAUGCGGAGAGUGUGCGCACUUUGCAAGCAAUACAUUCAUUAUGGAUGAGGCUCUUGGAUCUGCGCGAGUAAAGGUCCAAUAUGGAGAUGAUGACCAAAAUAUUGAGGUAUCGGUGGAGUCAUGCCCAGUGAACUGCAUCCACUGGGUGGAGACAGAAGAGUUGGCAGUGCUAGAGUUCUUGAUACAGCCUCAACCAAAGAAAGGGUAUGGUGUAUUUGGAGGAGGUUGGGAAAGGCCUGCAAAUGUCUUCAGCGCAGCUAAGGCUUUCAAUAAACAACUAGAGAGAAAGGCAGCAGCUGGAUACAGUCAAAGCUCAGGUGAAACAACUGUUGAAGAAAGCCCAGCAGAAGCCCAGGCUCGAGCCCAAGCAAGUUUGGAGAUAAAAAUGGGAGGUUUAUUUAAACUAUGGAAGUGGGUGACAGAAACAUUUAGCACCCCUGAUCCAUAGAGAUGAAUUAUGCAGUCUCAUGAGAGAAAUGUAAAAAAUUAUGAACAACCAAAAAUGAAUGUGUAUAACAUAUAAAGAAA